AUGUCCACCCCCUCCCACAGGUCCUCGCACUCCUUGAAAUCGUCGUUGAAGUUGAAGACCAAUCCAAACGCCUCUUCUCAUUUGCAUGAUUUGCCCAACAAAACACACUCCAAAUCCCUCUCCCUCUCCCACUUGCGUACUUCCUCCGCGUCCUCCAUCGACUCCGCAAGUACCACUUCGAGCACCGCUUCCAACAAGUCGGUGAGGUUUGCCGCGGAUCUCUGCAAGGUCAAGUCCUUCCAUAAAAACGAUAAACCAAUCAAUAUCUCGGAACAACAAUCUCCGAUACUCUUCAACAACCACAUCUCUUCCAUGGGCAAUCUGCUGUUGCUUCUGAACGACGACGACGACGACGACGACGACAACGACGACGAUGAUUUUUUCUACAACGAUUCCUUCGCACUAGACGAUACUUCGUUGUUGUUAACUUCGGAACGCUUCUUCCACCACCCCACUGCACAAUCACAUACCCCCAAACACAACAAAAACAUCUUCUUUUGGAAUGACGAUACAAAUAAUUCCUCCGAUUCCUCCUCCUCCUUCUCCGAUGAUUGUGAGUUUGUUGCUCCUGAUGACAAAUCCUCCUUGCCCGAACCACACCCUCAUUCCUCCUCCUUCAAUUUGAUUAAUACAAAACUUAUAUACUCAAACAUCCCUCCCACUUCUACUUCCAUUAUAGACCAAACCAAAAACAACAACAUCAAAUUAAACUCCUUGGAUUUCAACCCUCAUGCAAACACCAUCGAGGGCUCUAUAUAUCUACAGAAUUUGAAUUUCGAAAAAUUCGUCCAAAUUAAAUACACUUUCAACAACUGGAAUUCCAUAAAUUUCAUCACCGCUUUCUACAACAAACCUAUCCAACAAAAUAUCGACGAGUUCAAAUUCGUAAUAAACUUGAACUCCUUGAAAUAUCUCAUCAACAACCAGUUGCAAUUGAACAACAACAACUGCCAAGAGACCCAUCUACUAGAUAUCCAAUUUUGUUUGAAAUACGAUGUUUUGAACGAAACUUUUUAUGAUAAUAAUAAUUACAACAAUUACAAUAUCAAAAUCACUUUUCAAAAACAAUUCCAUUACAACAGACCGUCACAUACAAUUAAGAAAUUGGCCAAACCACUGGACCCAUCUGCGUCUGUCCCUUCCCCUUCCCCACCUCCUGUCGUGCUCCCUGCUGUGAAAACAGCUCACACUUCGGCUAGAAAGUUUAAUGAUAAUACUGAUUAUUUCAAUUCUUCGCCUUUGAAACAUUUGUACCAUUUUGAUUCUCAAAAGAAGAAUGAUUCUAGAAAGAAAAAGAAACAACAAAAUGUGGUGCAAGAGCAAGAGCAAGAGCAAGAGCAAGAGCAAGAGCAAGAGCAAGAGCAAGAGCAAGAGCAAGAGCAAGAGCAAGAGCAAGAGCAAGUGCAAACACAAGCGCAAGUGCAAACACAACCCCAUCCCCAACCCCAACCCCAACUUGUCUCCCCUCCCCCAGUCGUCGUGGUCCCCACUACUCCUCGCACCUCUUCGAAAUAUAGAUAUUCCGAUCUAAACAUUUCCACUUCUAUCAAUGGUUCUCCAACGGCAAAACAUCCUUCAUUCUCUUCUCUUUCCUCCACUUCCUCCUCCUCCUCUUCUUCCAGCACCUCAUCUUCCUCCUCAAGUGCCUCUUCCUAUUCUUCCGCAGAUUCCUCCUUCUUAAAGGAUCAUUCCACACUUUUUAUCCCCAGAUAUGAUCCAUUACACGUUCUCACUUCCAAAAAUCUUCAUUCCCAUCAAUCCAUUAUAAAUGAAACAAAUGAUGAUACUUCUCAAUUGUCAAGUGAUGACGAUGACGAUGAUGAUUUCCAUAGUAUAAUCACAGAUACCCCUUUGCUACCGGAUUCAUUCAUCUCAUCCACUUCUCCUCAUUUGAAAAAGAAAAUCACUACUACUAAUUUCACAAAACAUAACAAUUAUUCUGCAUACUCAAACUCAAAUGAUUCAAACGAUACUUUAGUAAUCUCUUCUUCUCCAAUCCCUCAGAUUUCAAACCCGUUCAACCAUCACCAUUCUCUUUCUCCUUCUCCUUCUCCAAACUUGUUCCCUCAAUUGUCACCUUCUCCUUCAAACACUCCAAACCCAUUCAUGUCCCCGACUUUAUCACCUUCUCCUACUCCGUUUGUCACUCCUUUGCAAAACAACAACCCUCAGACAAACUCAUUUACUAAAUUAAAAUUACCAACUCCAACUAACCUAAACAACAAUACAUCUAUAUCAAUAAACACUAGAAAAUUCAUUUCAAAUCCUUCAAAUAAAUUCGAUUAUAAAGCAUUUAUAAAUGAUUACAAGAAUUAUACUUCCAAGAAUUAUAACAAUAACAGCAACAACAACAACAACAACAGCAACAACACAAAAAAUUUUAUAACAACAUCAACUAAUUCAUGA